UCUUACUGCCACUUUACCGUUCACAGUUGGGCUAUUCUACGACCACGGGGAUACUGCCGUAUAGCAUUGCUAUUUGUUCAGUAUUGACGUUCUUCAGUUACAUGGGGAUCAACGUGUCUUCACUAUCCAUAACAGCGUUUACUGUGGAAAGAUACAUAGCCAUAUGCCAUCCGAUGAAAGCCUAUUCCAUGUGUACUGUAUCGCGCGCCAAAAAGAUAAUUUUGUGUCUUUGGGUAUUUAGCGGGUGCUAUUCUGCGCCCUGGUUGGCUCUCACUAAAGUUACUCAAGUUCCAAAUGGUAAUGAAACUUACAACGCUUGCGAUUAUAAACUCGAGAGAGAUCAGUACUUCAUUUAUUACUUGGUGGAUCUUGUGAUGUUUUACAUUUUCCCCCUAUGUUUAACUGCUUUAUUGUAUUUCUUGAUCGGGAGGGUACUCCUCUUGAGUGAAGAGGAAGGUUCCGUUCGAAACCGUAAUAAAACGAAGGUAAUUGCGACUUGCCAAACUAAUUCCAAUAGGGCUACCAAGGAAGAGGAAUUACGAGGACUGAGAAACCGAGGAAAAGGAAUACAGCCGUCCACUAAACAGGUGCUGAAGAUGUUGAUCGUCGUCGUGGUGUUGUUUGCUCUACUGUGGCUGCCAUACCGAGCUCUUGUGGUCUAUAAUUCUGUUGCCGCAGUUCGAUUUGAUAGCAUAUGGUUCCUGAUGUUUUGCCGACACUUGAUCUCUGUGAACAGUGCCAUCAAUCCUAUCAUCUACAACAUCAUGUCUACGAAGUUCCGAGAGGCUUUUAGAAAGGCGUGUAUAGCUUGCUACGGUCGCUGUACUCCCAAUACGACUGGUACUACGUUGUUGCAACAAACCAACGUAUGCAUGACAUCUCUAUAGAUACUUACUGUUCUCCACACAAGUAGGAUUGAGGCGAAGUUAUUUUGAAUGUUUUACCACGGUGUUUUCUGGGAUUCAAUUCGUGUCCGUGCUUAUCAUAUACAUCUAUAUGUACGCGGGAAAAUGAACGCAAUUACCAGUUUGUCCUCAGGAAGGCUCUUGAGUAGAGCCGAAAAUUUGACGGUAUGGAAGUAUUUAAAUAAAAAAACUGUCUGUGGGAUUAUUAAUUCAACAAUCCACAGGAUGAGCUUAAUUGUUAUUGUCUCGCUUUGUCAAGAUGGAACUGGGAGCAGCUUCGUUAAAAGUCAAGAUGACGAUUUUAGCGAGAUUAUGCAUAUAGCGUGUAUAUACAGCUUUAACAUAACAUAAGGACAAUGGGGCAAGAUUUUUUUCUAUACAUGUAUAGGGAAGCAUCUUUAUUUUUUUUUAAACACAUACCUCGCCGCUCUAAAACUUAGUAUUAAUCAAAUAUUGUAGGUCUUUUUAUAACUGAUAUUUCUUUGAA